AUGGCCUCCCCGCAGAGUGCCGCGUCGGCGUCGCCGUCGAGCGCGCAGCGCCGGUCGUCGAAUCCCGUGGCGCCCUUCCCGCUGGGCUCGUCGUCCGAGGACGAGCCGCCGGCCAUGGUGAUCCAGGACCCCGGCGACGAGUCCUACGAGAUCACGCGGGCCAUGCCGACGUACCGCCAGCAGAAGCGGGGCAGCCGCGUCCUCGACGCGCUGCUCGUCCAGGAGGACCAGACGCGGUGCCUCGAGCGGCGCCUCGCGGCCGCGCGGAGCGAGGGCGCGCGGCUCAAGGCCCACGCGGACCUCGACCCGGCGCCCCUGCCGGCGGCGGCGCGCGUCGAGGCGACGGCGCUGCCGCUCGAGCGGGCGCUCUUCGCCGACGGGGACGAGGACCGCGCGCGGACGCCGCCGGCCGGAGCGAGGCGCUGGUCGAGUUCGUCGAACUCCGAGGACGGCGCGCCGCCGUCGAGCUGCUGGAGCAAGGCCGGGAGCCGCAAGUGGCAGGAGCCCCUGCGGCCGUCGCCGCCGCGGCCCCGGUCCGUGGAGCCCGCGCCGUCGCGCGCGCCGACGUUCCGCGAGAUGAACCUGCUCCUCGACGCCGCGGGGCACCGCGAGGACCGCGGGGGCUUGCUGCGGCCGCCGCUGCGGCCCCGGCCCAAGGGCGAGACGCGGGCGCGGUCGCGGAGCGCGCGGCCCCGCGACGACCUCGCGGACCGCCUCGACACGGCCGUCUCGGAGCUCGCGCGCGAGCGCCGCCGCGGCGCGGAGCGCGACGGCGAGCUCGCGGAGAUCCGCGCGGAGCUCGAGGCGCUGCGCGUCGCGAAGCGCAACGCCGCGGCCGUCGCCGCCGAGGCCGUCGAGGCGCGCGGGGCGUCGCCGCGGUCCUACGUCGGCGGCCUCUGGGCCUGGGCGACGGGGCCGGCGGCCGCCGUCGCCGUGCCCAAGGACCCCGAGGCGACGGCCUUCCCGCCGCCGCGCCGCGCCGCGUCGCCGCCGGCGCCGUCGCCGGGCGCCCUCGCCUUCUGCUACGACGCGCAGCACGCACCGAAGCGGCCCGGGCUCGCGAUGGUGUUCUGCACGGGCUGGGGCGAGGACGACGACGACGGCGACGACGGCGACGUCGACGACGAGGGCGUCCGCGUCGUCCACCUCGAGCCCCGGCCGGACGGCGCCGCGGCGUAA